GAUUCGUGGCGGUUUCUUCCGUAUUGUCAGAGACUCAUGAUUCCGGGUGUGACAGUCAGCUGAUCGCACUUGUACAGUGUCAGUCCACUCGCGCAUAGUGUAUUUACUGCAGAAAAAAACAAAGAUUAAAAACCGCACAAUGGCCACAAUUCCACCGAGAAUCAAGGUGCAGCUCAGUGGAAAUGAAAGGUUGCAGAAACUGAAAGAGGUUUUUCAUGAAAAAUAUGGACAAUGGCCCGUCUUCUACGCUCGUGCUCCAGGGAGGGUGAAUUUGAUUGGUGAGCAUAUCGAUUAUUGUGGCUAUGCUGUCCUGCCAAUGGCAAUAGAGCAGAAUAUUCUCGCUGCUGUUUCUGUCAGUGACUCCAAAACAAUCCAGCUGGCCAACACUGAGCCCAAAUACAAGGAUUUCAGUGUGUCUGUGGAUGGCAUCUCCAUUGACAGAGAGAAUCCUCAGUGGCACUAUUACUUCCUUUGUGGAGUGAGAGGAAUCCAGGAGCACUUGAGCUUGUCUUCAUUGGCAGGGAUGUGUUGUGUGGUAGACGGGACUAUCCCAGCCAGCUCAGGUCUUUCCAGCUCCAGUGCCCUGGUGUGCUGUGCUGGUCUGGUCACGAUGGAGGCCAGUCAGAAGUCUCUGUCUAAGGUGACUCUUGCAGAGACGUGUGCCAAAUGUGAGCGUUAUAUCGGCACUGAGGGGGGAGGGAUGGAUCAGUCCAUUUCUUUCCUUGCAGAGGAGGGAACAGCAAAGCUGAUCGAGUUUAAUCCGCUGCGAGCCACAGACGUGAGGCUGCCUGACGGGGCUGUCUUUGUAAUCGCCAACUGUUGUGUGGAGAUGAACAAGGCGGCCUCAUCUCACUUCAACAUGAGGGUGGUGGAGUGCCGCAUUGCCACGAAGAUGCUGGCUAAGGCGCGCGGCCUGGACUGGAGUCGUCUGCUGAAGCUGGGAGAUCUGCAGAAGGAGCUGCAGGUGAGUCUGGAGCAGAUGCUGGAGCUGGUGGAGGAGGUGCUGCACCCUGAGCCCUACAGCAGAGAUGAGAUCUGCAAGACUCUGGGCAUCAGCGCCGAACAACUGUGUGAAGACAUCCUCAGCGCCAACACACAACACGCGACUGUUUUUAAAUUGUACCAGCGUGCCAGACACGUGUACGGCGAGGCUGCACGCGUCCUGCAGUUUAAGGCCGUGUGUGACUCUUCUCCUGCCGACGCCGUCGCUCAGCUGGGCGACCUGAUGAACCGAAGCCACGCCAGCUGCAGAGACUUGUACGAGUGCAGCUGCCCUGAGCUGGACCAGCUGGUGGACAUAUGUCUGCAGGCCGGUGCCGUGGGGUCGAGGUUAACCGGAGCUGGAUGGGGAGGUUGCACGGUUUCCAUGGUACCCGGGGAACGAAUAGAGUCCUUUCUCCAGACUGUGAGAGAACAGUAUUACGUUCCUGACGCCCGUCGAUCCGCUCUGGAAAAGCAGAGUUUAUUCGUGACAAGGCCUGGAGGAGGGGCGGCAAUUUUCAUAGAGGAAUGAAUAGUAACGGGGCUAUUUUCUCUCGUUUUAGCCCGUGGCCUCAGAAACAGGAGGUGGUAUGUAUAAUGGCAGAUAUGAUGAAAGGGGACACAGACCGUAUAAAGUCUGAAUGGGCAUUUUUACUCUCUAUGUCUUAAAAGAAUGAAGAAAUCAGCACUCUGACCCAAUUGGAGAUUGUCAGGGCUUUAGAGAAAGUGGCAAGUUUCUCUUUCUACAAGCACUUUCUGAAAGCGUUGAAGGUCCAUAUUCAACCAGUUAUGUUCAAUAAAAAUAUCUUAAUGUGUUCAA